AUGGCUGCUUCCAAUCUACCGCCCGAGAUGGCGAAUGGCGCGCCUUCGCAAACCGCCGUCAACCCCAACCUGCCGCCUGCUACGGCCAGUCUCUCGUACUGGCAGCGAACUACACGAGCAUUCAAGUACUUGAAUCACAAUCAGACAAACACUCCCCCCGCCUCUACUACGUAUGCCAUUAUCGGCUCCGGCUUGGCAGGAGCCUUGGUAGCAUACAAUCUCCUCGAACGCGGCGUGCAAGGCGAGGAAAUCCUCAUCCUCGAAGCUCGCGAGGCCGUUUCUGGAUCGACUGGCCGCAAUGCCGGCCACGUUCGACCAGAUGCUUUCCGCAACUUCUCGGGCUAUCAGGCCUUCCAUGGCAGCGAGCAGGCAUUAAAGAUUGUGGCCACCGAGGAGACCAACUUGAAGCGCAUAGCUGCCUUUAUUCAGGACAAGCAGAUCCAAUGCGACUUCAACUUGACCACCACAUUUGACGUGUGCCUGGGGCCCGAUGCCGUGGAAGAUGAGGAGAAGAAUAUUAAAGACUAUCUUGACGCCGGGGGCAAUCUGGCCAGCUUGGGCGUCAAAUGCUGGUACGGAGAUGCCGCCGCGGAAAAAAGCUCGUGUCCAGGCGCCUCGGCUGCGUAUGAAUGGCCGGCUGCCUCGAUUCAUCCCGUCAAGCUCGUCCACUGGGUUCUCGAGCACGUUAUUGAACGGGGCGUUCAAUUAUGGACGCAUUGUCCGGUAGACGAGAUACGAGAGGACGGCGCCAAACUUGGUGUGCAAACCUCACGGGGCGUCAUCUCGGCAGACAAGGUGGUUCACUGCACCAACGCAUUCGCCGGAGGUAUCCUGAGCCAAUUGACGGCUGAGAGACUCACGCCGUUUGCGGUCCAGGUCGCCUCUGUCAUUCCCUCCUCGGCGGCAUCUGGAGACAAGACCUUCAAGAGCACCAUGGCGCUGCGAGAAAACGCCCGCAUGUUUUACGGUUUCGCUCAGAAGCCGUUGGAUGGAACCAUCAUUGUAAGUGUCGGUAGGCCUGUUGGCAAAGGCGUCCAGGCCGAGGAGUCACAUACGCCCCAGGUCGCAGAAGAAAUCGUCCAGAGGAUAUCCAAGCUUAUUGGGCCGAAUGAUGAGCCACAGAGAUCCGGGGAAGGUUUUGACACGACGUGGACCGGCCUCAUCGCGUUCACGCCGGACAAGGUGCCAUAUAUAGGCGAGAUUGAUGAGUUGCCUGGGCAAUACAUCUGCGCCGGCUUCAACGGUCACGGCAUGGCGAAUAUUUUUACCUGCGCCGGAGGCAUCGCCGGUCUCUUGUUGGGUAGACCGUGGGAAAGCACGCAGCUGCCAGAAUGCUAUCGUUACAGCCAAGCGCGGCUGAGUAAAAGUGCCUAG